CGGCGGCACAUCCCGUCCUCGCCCACGCUGAUCCUCGACGGGCCCGGGCUGCGCGACAACUUUUACCUCAAUGUCGUCGACUGGGCGGCCACCAACAUCGUGGCGGUCGGCCUCGAGGGCGUCUGCUACCUCUACCACCCGCGCACCGGCCUGGUGCAGCCCGUGGCUCAGGCGGCGGGAGGGGACGAGGGAGGCUACGUCACGUCCGUCGGCUUCCGGCGCGACGGCGUCCGGCUCGCCGUCGGCUCGAGCGGCGGGAAGGUCGAGCUGGUCGACGCGCAAGAGACGACGGCGCACAUCUCCUCGCUCGGCGGCGGCGGCGAGGGCCGUGCCUCCUCGCUGUCGUGGGGCGGGCCUCACGAGCUGGCGGCCGGGUUCGCUGGCGGUGCCGUGGCCAUCUUUGACGUGCGGCGGCGCGGCGGCGCCGCCUGCACGCUUCCCGCCCACCGCGGCGAGGUGUGUGGCCUCCGCUUUGCUCCGGACGGCGUCGCGCAGCUCGCCUCGGGCAGCAACGACCACACCGUCCGGGUCUGCGACGUGCGCUCGCCCCGCGCGGCCAGGCUGGAGCUGACGGCGCACUCGGCGGCCGUCAAGGCGCUGGACUUUUGCCCGUGGCGGAGGCACUGCCUCGCGACGGGCGGCGGCACCACCGACGGCUCUAUCCGCAUCUGGGACACGGGCGCCGCCGCGGAGCGAGAGCUGCAAAGCGUGGCGACCGGCUCGCAGGUGUCGGGCGUGCGCUGGUCGGUGGCGCGGCGCGAGCUGGUGACGAGCCACGGCUUCUCGUCCAUGAACUCGACCUCCAACUCGGUCCGGCUGUGGCGCCCCAACCUGCUCCCCGUCGCCCAGCUGACCGGCCACCGCGGCCGCGUGCUACACCUCGCUGUGAGCCCAGACGGAGGGACCGCCCUCUCCGCCGGCUCGGACGAGACGCUGCGCUUCUGGAAGAUC